GCCUUCUCCGAUCCCUCCCACCUUUUUUCCCCAAUCCGCGCGAUAAAAAAAAAACCCUAGCCGCCCCGAUCCGCCCGCUUCCGGCCGGUUACCUCUGCGGCGCCGUGCCGUGGGCGAUCCGGAUCCUGGACGGACGGUCGGCCGCCUGCCUGUAAGGGAAAGGGAGAGAUCGUGCGAUUCUGCGGUUGGCGGUUCGCUAAAUUCGCCGUGGUUUGAUCAUUCGUGGCGUCCGCAGAUCUGUCGAGAGUGCGUUCGGUCCGGGUGUGGCUGGCUGGGAUCGCUAGCGCGGGUAAGUAGGCUCUGGUGGUUGAGGAUCGCUGCGAGCCUGAGAGGGUUUGGGGUUCUCGUGGUCGUGGGAUCUGCGGAUGGAUUCCGUUUAAGUGCUGUGAGGAAGGAGAUUGCCUGAGUUUGGUUUGGGUGUUUUAGCAAGUUCAUGUCUUUUGUUUGGUGUGCUCAUGAUUUAGCACCAGCCAGAUUGACCUCCAACUCUGGUGACAUAGGCUGUUGCUAGAGUAGCAAAUCAAGAGCUAAGCAUGGCGGAUUCAAUGGUAGCAAGCUUCUGGGGGCCUGUUACAUCAACAACUGAGUUAUGCGAGGAGAAUUACGCGCACUCAUCAUAUAUUGCAGAAUUCUACAAUACCAUCUCCAAUGUUCCAUGUGUUCUUUUGGCGGUUGUUGGACUAGUGAAUGCUUUCCGCCAGCGUUUCGAGAAACGGUUCAGUGUCCUGCACAUAUCCAAUAUGAUACUUGCUAUUGGGAGUAUGAUUUUCCAUGCCACCUUGCAGCACGUCCUACAGCAGAGUGACGAGACUCCUAUGGUGUGGGAGAUCCUGCUGUAUAUGUAUGUCCUUUAUUCCCCAGAUUGGCAUUACAGGAGCACCAUGCCUACUUUCCUUUUCCUAUAUGGUGCUGCCUUUGCUGUAGUCCAUUUCUUUGCGCGGUUCCAAGUAGUAUUCAAGUUGCAUUACAUUGGUCUCUGCCUCCUCUGCAUCCCUCGGAUGUACAAGUACUACAUACAGACGAAGGACAUGGCUGCGAAGCGGCUUGCGAAGCUCUGGGUUCUUACAUUAAGCCUGGGGACUCUCUGUUGGCUAGUUGAUCGCAUCUUCUGUAAGAAACUUUCACAUUGGUACGUCAACCCACAGGGACACGCAUGGUGGCAUGUGCUUAUGGGCUUGAACUCGUACUAUGCGAACACAUUCCUAAUGUUUUGUCGGGCUCAGCAACGUGGGUGGGAGCCGAGAAUUACCCACCUUUUUGGCUUCUUGCCUUAUGUCAAGGUUCAGAAACCCAAAAAAGGGGAAUGAGUUCUGUUGAUCAGUGAUGUUCAGUACUGCCAUUGGUAAGCUAAUCCCCCCCCCCCCCCCCAAUGUGUUGCAGACAAGCCGUGGCAUUUUUGUAUAUGGGCUUCCAAGUGAUUAUGGACCAGAUGUUCUGAUGUCACACUAGAUUUUGGUAACUUAAACUGACACAUGUUUUGUACCAUACUUAAUCAUCAAACAGAGAUUAGUUGGAGUGUUCGUUUCUUA